GCGUUCCUCUUGACACGACGUUGAGGGCAUCAAACAUCGACUGGUCUGCCCGGAACGCCAAUGCUCGGGCAUCGCCUCCGCCAAACAAGGCAUCAUGUCCUCACGCCGCGCCUUGGAGUGUCCUACUCGCGCCCGAAGCAGAUCCCAACUUUCCCUGCCUGGCAUACGCGCUUGCACAGCAGUCUUGGUGCCAAACAUGACGACGCGGCCGAGUCGACCAACCCACCAACACCCUCCACGGACAAACCCAAGCCAAAAAUGACCGACUUCAAGCGACUCAUGGCGCUGUACAAGCCAGAGAAGCGCAAUUUAGGGAUUGCCAUGACUGCGUUGGGCCUUUCGACGGGUAUCACGAUGUGUAUGCCAUUUGGAAUGGGACGUAUUAUCGAUGUGGUGACGCAACCGAAUGGGCUGGAGCAACUUCCUGUGGUCGUCACAGCCCUCGGAGGACUCUUCCUCGUUGGGGCAGCGACGAAUGUCGUCCGUGUGAACAUGAUGAACAUGAUCGGCGAGCGAAUUGCCAACAAGCUUCGGCAGGACACCUACGCAUCGAUCUUGAAGCAGGACAUGACGUUCUUUGACAAAACCAAGACGGGCGAAUUGCUGAAUCGUCUUUCAGCAGACACGGCGCUCGUGGGGACGGUGCUCAGUGACAACGUGUCUGCUGGAUUCCGCAGCGUGGGGCAGGGCAUUGGUAGCAUCACGAUGAUGUUUAUCACGUGUCCAAAGCUCGGCAUGGUCAUGCUAACCGUUGUGCCCCCGUUGGCAUUGGGGGCGGUGUCGUACGGCCGCUUCGUCAAGAAGCUGACGGCGCAAGUCCAGAGCAAGCUCAGCGAUGCGACCGAUUUGGCCGAGGAGCGGCUCAACAACAUCCGCGUCGUCCGGUGGUUUGCCAAAGAAGAAUUCGAAACGGAGGCACACUACGACAAGAUCAAGGGGAUCCUGGAACUGGCGAAGAAACGAUCGCUCGCGAGCGCCACCUUCUUUGGUGCAGUCGAUCUGAGCGUGAAGAUGAGUAUGCUCGGUGUACUUGGCUACGGUGGGACGAUGGUAGCCGAGAACGUGCUGACUGUCGGCGAACUCAGCUCGUUUCUCAUGUACACGUUGUACGUGGGGGUGUCGUUUGCUGGGCUGUCGUCGUUUUACUCGGAAAUUAUGAAGGGACUUGGGGCUAGCCAGCGCGUAUUUGAACUGAUCGAGCGUAUGCCGCAAGUAAUCUCGACGCCGACGGCUCCCGUGGCCCUGCCAGCAGACUUCAAGGGUGAAAUUGUCUUUGAUAACGUGUCCUUUCGGUACCCCGGCCGGCCUGAGUCGGUCAUUUUCGACGGCCUCACCAUGACGGUGCAGCCGAAUCAAACUUUGGCGAUUGUCGGGCCAAGUGGCGGGGGCAAGAGCACAUUCCUGUCGCUGCUCGCUCGCUUUUAUGAGCUCAACGGCGAGGGCUGUGGGGGCUCCAUCUACAUUGACGGCAUCAACAUUACACACUUGGACCCGCUCGCGCUGCGCAGUUUGAUCGGCACGGUGAGCCAAGAGCCACCGUUGUUUGGUGCGACAAUUGCAGAGAACAUUGCGUACGGGUUAACUCCUGGUUCGACCGUCACCCACGACGAGAUUGUUGCGGCGGCAAAGGAAGCGAACGCUCAUGACUUUAUCAUGGCGCUGCCCGAUCAGUACGAGACUCACGUCGGAAACAAGGGCCUGACGUUGUCGGGGGGACAAAAGCAACGAGUGGCUAUCGCCCGUGCAUUGGUCAAGAAUCCUCGCAUCCUGCUCAUGGACGAAGCCACGAGUGCGCUGGACCACGAGAGCGAGCGCUUGGUUCAGGACGCCAUCGACAAGGCCAAGGCGAACCGCACGGUAAUUUUGAUCUCCCACCGUCUAUCGAGCAUCAAGAGCGCGGACCGCAUUGCCGUCGUCGCUGAAGGCCGUGUCGUCGAAGAAGGGACGUUCGCCGACCUGGCUCAACACCACGACAGCGUCUUCACCCAAGUCGUGCUGUCAGGUCACAGUCACUAGUCGCAAUAGAAAAUGAAAUAGAUCGAAGGAUGCUUUCGAGCCCUUGUGCCAUGGCUGCCAUCGAGAUUCAUGUGUCUGGCAUUGUUAGCACCCUUCUAGCGAUAGUUCCGUUCCACACAGCAUGGGACUUUUGCGCUCCUGCCCGGUAUCAUCCUAAUGGAACGGAAUGUGUACUCGAGACGUCCAGAUCAACAGCCUUCCCGUCACAGUCCAAAAGUAUCGCUUGCACUCACGCUUGUACAU